AUGAUAGAGAUGCUGUUGGAGUCGCCACUGGAGGAGUGGCAGGCCGCGGACCUAAGGGAUGCGGGGGAGUGUGCGCGGGAGACGGUGAACCUCAUCAACCGCGUGUGCUCCCUCCCGCCCUCUGUUCUUAUAAAUUCUAAAUCUCCAGGCAUGAUAGAGAUGCUCCUAGAGUCCCCCCUAGAAGACUGGCAAGCGGCGGAUCUGAGGGACGCGGGGGAGUGUGCGCGGGAGACGGUGGACCUCAUCAACCGCGUGCUCGACCUCGCCAAGCUGCAGGCCGGCAGGCUGCAGCUGGAGGCUCUGCCGCUCUGCCUACCGCGCGUCGUUCAGCAAGCUGUUGCGCUCGCCGGACAAGACGCGUGCGCCAGGGGGCUGGAAGGGGCUGAAAGGGAGUGUGCGCGGGAGACGGUGGACCUCAUCAACCGCGUGCUCGACCUCGCCAAGCUGCAGGCCGGCAGGCUGCAGCUGGAGGCUCUGCCGCUCUGCCUACCGCGCGUCGUUCAGCAAGCUGUCGCGCUCGCCGCGCAAGACGCCUGCACCCGGGGGCUGGAAGUGUCAUGCCACGUGGACCCAGGCGUGCCGGACGUGUUGAUGGGCGAUCCAACCCGCGUGCUUCAAGUUGUGGGCGAGGCAGUGGUGGAGAGUGGUGGAGAUGGGCGGGUGGAGGGUGAUAAUACAGGGCGGUUAGAGACGGAGGUGGCUUUGUGGGUGGAGGCGGUGUGCAGGGCGAGAGGGGAGGGCGAGUGGAUGGUGGUGAUGGCCUGUGAGGAUACGGGCGGUGGUAUUCCACCCGACGAGAUGUGCUGGGUGCUCGACCCCUAUGGGGGCCACCCGUAUGGGGGCGACCCUCACCACUCCUCCUGCUCCGCUGCUGUUGGCGGUGGUGCUGAUGGUGCUAGUGGUGGUGGCUGUGGUGUUGGUGGGCGUGGUGGCAGCAAGAAGCAGCAAAGAGUUGCGGAGCCAAGGAGGGGCAGCAGAGCCAUCCCUCUCACGCACGAUGAGAGGGCUGCUGCUCGCCCUGCCUGGACGCCCUACCCUGUCCGCUUCCUCCUCUCCACCUCCCUCGUGGCGGAGAUGCAGGGGAGCAUGGCAGUGCUGUCAGACAGCGCCAUCGGCACCACCAUCCUGCUGGCGCUGCCCCUCGCUGCCCCGCCUCCCCCAACCGAACCCGGGAGCAGCAGUAGUAGGCGAGGGGAGGGGCGAAGCCAGCAGCUGCAGACAAUGCCACAGCUGACUCUCCCCUCCGCAGGGGGCAGCAUCGGCAGCAUCGGGAGCAGCUUGGGAGGGAGCGGCAGGGGAGGGAGUGGCAGGGGGGGCGUUGGGGGGAUCUUGGGCAGCGCGGAGGCGGCGGUGGCGGGGCGGCGGGUGGCAGUGGUGGAUGACAACGCGGUGAACCGCAUGGUGGCAAGGCGAACGCUGCAGGGCUACGGGGCUCACGUGCUGCUGCUGGCCUCGGGAGAGCACGCCCUGCACGCUGUCUCCUCUCACAUGGAAUCUUCUCCCUCCUCGCCCAUCCAGUUGUUGCUGCUGGACCUCCACAUGCCUCCUGGCAUUGACGGUCUCCAUUGGUUUGAUUGGAUUGCCAUUCUCGGCAUUCUCUGUCAUUCUCGGCAUUCUUUGCCAUUCUCGGCAUUCUUUGCCAUUCUCGGCAUUCUUUGCCAUUCUCGGCAUUCUUUGUCAUUCUCGGCAUUCUCUGUCAUUCUCGGCAUUCUUUGCCAUUCUCGGCAUUCUUUGCCAUUCUCGGCAUUCUUUGCCAUUCUCGGCAUUCUUUGCCAUUCUCGGCAUUCUUUGCCAUUCUCGGCAUUCUUUGCCAUUCUCGGCAUUCUUUGCCAUUCUCGGCAUUCUUUGCCAUUCUCGGCAUUCUUUGCCAUUCUCGGCAUUCUUUGCCAUUCUCGGCAUUCUCUGCCAUUCUCGGCAUUCUCUGCCAUUCUCGGCAUUCUCUGUCAUUCUCGGCAUUCUCUGUCAUUCUCGGCAUUCUCUGUCAUUCUCGGCAUUCUUUGCCAUUCUCGGCAUUCUUUGCCAUUCUCGGCAUUCUUUGCCAUUCUCGGCAUUCUUUGCCAUUCUCGGCAUUCUUUGCCAUUCUCGGCAUUCUUUGCCAUUCUCGGCAUUCUUUGCCAUUCUCGGCAUUCUUUGCCAUUCUCGGCAUUCUUUGCCAUUCUCGGCAUUCUUUGCCAUUCUCGGCAUUCUUUGCCAUUCUCGGCAUUCUUUGCCAUUCUCGGCAUUCUUUGCCAUUCUCGGCAUUCUUUGCCAUUCUCGGCAUUCUUUGCCAUUCUCGGCAUUCUUUGCCAUUCUCGGCAUUCUUUGCCAUUCUCGGCAUUCUUUGCCAUUCUCGGCAUUCUUUGCCAUUCUCGGCAUUCUUUGCCAUUCUCGGCAUUCUUUGCCAUUCUCGGCAUUCUUUGCCAUUCUCGGCAUUCUUUGCCAUUCUCGGCAUUCUUUGCCAUUCUCGGCAUUCUUUGCCGUUCUCGGCAUUCUUUGCCAUUCUUGGCAUUCUUUGCCAUUUUUUGGCAUGGUUCCAACAAUGUCGCAUACAACUACCCCUUGUCCCAAUCAACUGCCCCCUUUGUACCAUCACCUGCCGCUCCACUAUUUGAAACGGCACGGAGAAUUCGGCGCAUGGAGAGCGAGCAGUUGGCAGCAGCAGAGCAGCAGCUUCCGAGUGUGGCGGAAGCAACAGCAGCCGACGAAGCAGAAGAAACAGCAGCCGACGAAGCAGAAGCAACAGCAGCCGAUGAAGCAGAAGAAACAGCAGCCGAUGACGCAGAAGAAACAGCAGCCGAUGACGCAGACGAAGCAAGCAAAGCAGCCAGAGCCGACGACACCAGCCGACGACGAGAAGCAAGAGGCGAUGGCGAGGCAGACGAAGCAAGCAAAGCAGCCAGGGAGAAUGAAGCAAGAGGCGAUGACGAGGCAGCGAGCGAGUUCAGUUUCCAAACGCCUCAAGAGUCGACGACACCAGGCGACGGUUCAGACCACGAGUUCACAUUUCAAACUUCUCUAGAGUCAGCUGCAGCAGCGGAUGAGGCAGAGAUAGAAGAAGCAGCAGGUUCAAGAAGGGCAUGUCUUCAGCGGCUGUGCAUCAUAGCGCUGACCGCAGAUCUGGAUGCUGGGGUGAAGCGAGCGUGCUUUGAGGCGGGGAUGGAUGGAGCCGUGCGCAAGCCCAUCGUGGCGCAUGAGCUGCUUGAUGCGCUCAUACAUGCGGGGUUUGUAGAUAUAGAGAUGGACGAUGCAUUGGUGGGAUCUUCGUGGCUUCAGGUGGACCCUCAACUCUUUCAGGUGGACCCUCAACUCUUUCAGGUGGACCCUCAACUCUUUAAGGUGGACCCUCAACUCUUUCAGGUGGACCCUCAACUCUUUCAGGUGGACCCUCAACUCUUUCAGGUGGACCCUCAACUCUUUCAGGUGGACCCUCAACUCUUUCAGGUGGACCCUCAACUCUUUCAGGUGGACCCUCAACUCUUUCAGGUGGCACUUCUACCUCGACUCAUUUCAACCGGCACUCUUGAGAAUUCUCAAAAGUGCGCAAAGCCAGCCAGCCAUACACCCAAUCUUCUUUUUCACCUCUUCCCUCCACGUCUCUCUCCCCCUAUCCCCUCCCCUCCUGUCUUUAUCCAUACCCUCCCAGACCUGCUGCUGACCCAUCAUCGCCUGCUCACCCAUCAUCGCCUGCUCACCCAUCAUCGCCUGCUCACCCAUCAUCGCCUGCUCACCCAUCAUCGCCUUCUCACCCAUCAUCGCCUGCUCACCCAUCAUCGCCUGCUCACCCAUCAUCGCCUGCUCACCCAUCAUCGCCUGCUCACCCAUCAUCGCCUGCUCACCCAUCAUCGCCUGCUCACCCAACAUCGCCUGCUCACCCAUCAUCGCCUGCUCACCCAUCAUCGCCUGCUGCUCUCCCAAAGGGAGCACGUCAGCAAGCUUAUUCAAGGCCGUUCAAUGGUUCACCUUGCCACCUGCUCCUUUUCUCACCCCUGUGCUCGACGCCAUUACCUUUAG